AUGUCACGUUCUGGGAAUCAUCAUUUUCGUUCAGUUCCUCCUCCUGAUGGAGAAGAAGAGAAACAGUUGAAAAUAAUCACUCUUGAAGGAGCCGGAGAUCAUCAAUAUCAGGCGGAUCCGAACUCUGGAAGUACAGAUAAUGUGGAAGGUACGGAAUUAUUCGAGUUAAAUUCUGCACGCAGAUCAGUCGGAGAGGUGAUAAGACGACAGGCAGACUCAGAAAGUAUCUGUUCACAAACCGCUUCUUCACUCGAAUUACCGUGUAUACCAGAAACCCCGGAAUAUCUGUUGAAUUCGGUCACUAUCUCCCGCAGUCACAGCGCUCAUGAGUUAGCCACAGUUCCUCUCAAAAUAAGAUCUGGGAAGAAUUCAUCUCUUGCUCAUUCCGCGACCACUUCCUUCUUGUCACGUAAUCCUGUUCCAAUGAUUGACAAGAGGACUGACCACAGACAUAAAACCUCCGUGGCUAAACGAUUACAUAUGCGUUUGAAACAUGCUGUGUCUCAUGAUUCAGACAUGAAGGUUGCUCGCUUCGUAGAAGCCUAUCCAGCAGUGAAGGAUACUUCAAGGGACGCAGUUUUGAGCGGUGAGAAAUCUGAGAAGUCUGUAUGGCGCAAAGUAUGGACAAGGAAGAAAAAGUGA